CCUGUAGCAGGUGCUCAUUCCCGGGAGCAGCGCGGACUGCAGCCGCCUCUGCGGGGAAAGAUGCUGCGGGAGCGGACCGUACGGCUGCAAUACGGGAGCCGCGUGGAGGCGGUGUACGUGCUGGGCACGCAGCUCUGGACCGAUGUCUACAGUGCAGCGCCUGCUGGGGCCAAAACCUUCAGCCUGAAGCACUCGGAGGGUGUGAAAGUAGAGGUCGUGGGCGAUGGAGAGGCAGAGGAGGUAGUCACCAACGGCAAGCAGCGUUGGGCCCUGUCACCCAGCACCACACUGCGACUCAGCAUGGCCCAGGCCAGCACCGAGGCCAGCAGCGACAAGGUCACCGUCAACUACUAUGAAGAGGAUGGCAGUGCCCCCAUUGACCAGGCUGGGCUCUUCCUCACUGCCAUUGAGAUCUCACUGGAUGUGGACGCAGACCGGGACGGAGAAGUGGAGAAGAAUAAUCCUAAGAAGGCAUCCUGGACCUGGGGUCCUGAGGGCCAGGGGGCCAUCCUGCUGGUGAACUGUGACCGAGACACACCCUGGUUGCCCAAGGAGGACUGCAGUGAUGAAAAGGUCUACAGCAAACAAGACCUUCAGGACAUGUCUCAGAUGAUCCUGAGGACCAAAGGCCCUGACCGCCUGCCCGCCGGGUAUGAAAUAGUCCUCUACAUUUCUAUGUCGGACUCGGACAAAGUGGGCGUGUUCUACGUGGAGAACCCGUUCUUUGGCCAGCGCUACAUCCACAUCCUGGGCCGGCAGAAGCUCUACCACGUGGUGAAGUACACCGGUGGCUCUGCAGAGUUGCUGUUCUUCGUGGAAGGCCUCCGUUUCCCAGACGAGAGUUUCUCAGGCCUGGUUUCCAUCCACGUCAGUCUGCUGGAGUAUAUGGCCGAGGACAUCCCGUUGACACCCAUCUUCACAGACACCGUGACGUUCCGGAUUGCCCCAUGGAUUAUGACACCCAACAUCCUGCCUCCCGUGUCAGUGUUUGUGUGCUGCAUGAAGGACAAUUACCUGUUCCUGAAAGAGGUGAAGAACCUGGUGGAGAAAACCAACUGCGAGCUGAAAGUUUGUUUCCAGUACAUGAAUCGUGGCGACCGCUGGAUCCAGGAUGAAAUUGAGUUUGGCUACAUUGAGGCACCUCACAAAGGCUUCCCAGUAGUGCUGGACUCCCCUCGAGAUGGAAACCUGAAGGACUUCCCCAUUAAGCAACUCCUGGGCCCAGAUUUCGGCUAUGUGACCCGGGAGCCCCUCUUUGAGACUGUCACCAGCCUUGACUCCUUCGGGAAUCUGGAGGUCAGUCCCCCAGUGACCGUGAAUGGCAAGGCAUACCCGCUUGGCCGGAUCCUCAUCGGGAGCAGUUUCCCUCUGUCUGGAGGCAGGAGGAUGACCAAGGUGGUGCGUGACUUCCUGCAGGCCCAGCAGGUGCAGGCGCCCGUGGAACUCUACUCGGAUUGGCUGACUGUGGGCCACGUCGAUGAGUUCAUGACCUUCGUCCCCAUCCCAGGCAAAAAGGAAUUUCGGCUGCUCAUGGCCAGCACCUCAGCCUGCUACCAGCUCUUCAGAGAAAAGCAGAAGGAAGGCCACGGGGAGGCCAUUAUGUUCAAGGGUCUGGGGGGCAUGAGCAGCAAACGAAUCACCAUCAACAAGAUCCUGUCCAAUGAGAGCCUCACGCAGGAAAACCAGUACUUUCAGCGCUGUCUGGAUUGGAACCGUGACAUCCUUAAGAAGGAGCUGGCUCUGACUGAGAAGGACAUCAUUGACCUGCCUGCUCUCUUCAAGAUGGAUGAAGACCGUCAGGCCAGGGCUUUCUUCCCUAACAUGGUGAACAUGAUCGUGCUAGACAAGGACCUGGGUAUCCCCAAGCCUUUCGGGCCCCAGGUCGAGGAGGAGUGCUGCCUGGAGACACAUGUUCGAGGCCUGCUGGAGCCCCUGGGCCUUGCCUGCACCUUCAUUGAUGACAUCUCUGCAUACCACAAGUUUCUGGGAGAGGUUCACUGUGGUACCAACGUGCGCAGGAAGCCCUUCACCUUCAAGUGGUGGCACAUGGUGCCCUGACUGCCAGGGGCCCUGGCCUUCCUUCCUUCCCUGCGAUCUCCAGGUCCUUCCUGUGUCCCCAAGUCCUUCCCCUACAAGAAGCGGGUGGGAUUGGGAUUGUGCCUUGCUGUCCCCUGGAGAAGGACUUUAGUGUCCAUUGAAGCCACCCCGAGUAAGUCCAACCGUUCCCUACCCCUGAAAAUAGCUAGACAUGUGGUUAGUGUGCAGAACUUUGGAAGGGAAAACCAGACUUCAACAAAUCAUGUAGUCGCACUGUCCCCCCAAAGAAUUCUCAGCCUCUACUCCAGAUCAGAAAGAGGGGAGAGAGAAGGGAGACUCUGAGGUCAUUGGCUCGCCCAGCACCCAUCUGACAUUCAAGAUAGACCAGGAGGACCAGGGCCAGGGUCCUGGCGUACCUCGGAUGGUACCAUCUUUUCAAGCUUACCUACCUUGGGGCCUCCUGGUGGCAUCCUGCACCCGUUCAUUCCUUAAGGCUUCCCAUACACACUGUGUCCCCACCCUACCCCACCCCCACCCCCUGAGGGUCCAAUCAUUCAGCUUAGAAUCAUCCGGAAAUGGGUCUUAGCAGAGGAGAGGUCUUCACUUUCUGUGGAUUCGGGCUGCCCAAUUUUGGGAGGACGGGGAGGUCUCGGACUAGCAUCCGAGGUCCAAAGUUCAGUAGACAAAGAUGCACCUGUGUAUCGACACUAUUUCUGUUCUCUCCCCCGGUCCUCAGUUCUCUGGCCAGUCCGUGAGCCUCUCUUUCCAUUGUUCUUCUGUUUCUGACACUGGCCUUCCUAUUCUGGAUGUUGCCCCUCCAGCAGCUACAGUUUCUUCACCACCAGCCAGAUUCAGGCCUCCCGAGGGCCUGAGAAGUAGCCAAUCCCACUGUCCAAGGAUGCUGAGGAUGCUGGCAAUGCCCCAGCCUCACUGAUCACUUCCCGGCUAGCUACUGCUCCAGAGGCAGAAUUUUCCAGCACACUUUCCGAAGGCCUUCCAUCCAGAUACAGGCAAAUGGAUCCCCCCUCCCCCAACCCGCUUCAUUUAGAAAGGCCCCCAGGAGCUGUAGAGAUGGCUCGGCAGUUAAAAAUGCUCCCUGCUCCCAAGUUCAGUUCCCAACACCCUCGGCUGUCUGUAACUCCAGAUCCAGAGGAUCCAAUACCCUUUUCUGGUCUCUGAGGGCACUUCACGCAUGUGCACAAACCCAUAGACAUAAAUCAAUGUUUGAGAGUCUGGAGAGAUGGCCCAGUGGUUAAAAGCACUUGCUGCUCUUGCAGAGGACCUGGGUUCAGUUCUCAGCACCCAGUUGGUGGCUCACAACCAACUAUAACUCUAGUCCCAGGGGGUCCGAUGCUCUCCUCUGACCUCCAUGGGCUUCUGCACACAGGUGGUUCACAUACACACCCUCAAGCACACAUACAAGUAAAGUAAAGUAAACGAUGCUUAAAAAAAUAGAAACAAGGAAAAUAUGUCUCUUAAAAUAGAGAAGGUCCUUUUAAGGCCAAGAAGGUAGGAAAUGGUAAUUCUGCUUUGGAGGGUUAAACGGUCCCAUUUUAUAGCUGAAGAAGAGGGUUACACCCACAUUCUUAGGGGAACAAGAUUUUUACCUUGCAUUAUUUCCUCAGUAGGUUGUAUGCUACUGAGUAGUGGGCACAGACUUGGACGCUGAUAACACAAGCUAGCCAUAGACUCGCUUGUCCCAACAGACAAAACCCACGUCUGCAUAGCCACCCUCCGCCCUUGCUGUGGUAACACUACCCAGUAUAUUCAAGAAGCAUUCAGGACAACAGUCACUGCCUUCAACAAUUAGGAGGUGUCCUCUUUUCUGUCCAGCUGGCCUAAUGCACCAUGCCAGGUCAGGCCCCAGAGCCUCCAAAGCUGUCAUCCUCUGUCUCUGGGGACAGAGGUUCCUGCCCUUGAGGGCAAAGCCCCAAAUCCUGUCUCCUGCUCCAGAGUGGAAAACACAGGCACCUCUCUGAGGGAGGUGGUCUGGGGAUGUGGCGGUUUGUCGUGUGUGGUGUUCCGUUAAAGUGGCUUUUACUGCUUUUAUUUUUAUCUGCGUUAAGAGGAAGUGAGCCCUCCCCACGUGGAGGCCACGACGUGUCUUUUGUAGGUUGUGUUGGUUGUUUGGGGAAUUUCUGGAACUCCAGGACUCCGCCUGUCCCAUCUCACUUACUCACCCAGUGUGACCCCCUCAAGUGUGGACGCCCCAUCCCGAGGACUCCUUGCUCAUCUCCACCUCCAUUGUUUGUUGGGUUUUUUUUUUUUUAAACUUAUGCCCAGAGGCUUCUGGGCUAUGCCAGUUCCUGUUUCAAUGUUAAUUUUGAAAUGCUCUGCUGAGGGCGGGGGUAACGGCAGGAAGAUGGCGGGAAUGGGGCAGCAUGAACUUCCUGGAAAAGAAGCCAAGAUGGAGUCUGAGGAGUGUCUGGGGGAAGAGCCAAAAUAAAGAGCAAUAAAAUAAGCCGUC